AUGGCUACCUGCCAAUCGUCAACUUAUGGUUAUGCUCAGAGCUUCUCAGACCAGCUCGUGAGAGAAGCGAUGUUCCGCGCAAAUAUCACACUAGCCCUAGCUCGAUCCAGCGAACCCCACAAUUUACUGGUUAGUUUCCCUGUCCUUCACUCUGGAAGUAAGUUCUCUGGGCUGCUUACCGAGUAA